AUGGCGGCUCGCUCUUCUGAUCCUAACGAGGACGAGGUAAUCGGCAGGAUUAAACGUGCACUAGAGCAUGAAAAGUCAAAAUUAAUGUGUGAAACAUCGAAUUCCCAUAGAUCAAUAGAUUUGUCAGCAACAUUUAAAGAGCUGGAUCGAGUUGUUGCACAUGGUUGUUAAGGCAAAAUAUGGCAAACUUCAGUAUCGCCACGAAAAUGAGCCGGCUAAAAUCUAUCCCAUGUUGGAAAGAAUUAUGGAUCGCGUAAAUCGUGCCAUUUACAGGCGUCUCAAUCCACGAAUGAGCAAGUUACAUCCUUGGUUAGUAUGUUUUGAUGUUGGCAUGCCACGAGAAGUGUUCGAUCUUCUAUACCAAAAUAUCCUGGGUGAGUCUUGCUAUGGCAUCGAGGUGAAAGAAGGUCCACGCUCUGUUACCAAAUGGUUUGUGAAACUUAGACGCCUUGUGGUUCUCUUUGAUAAAUUUGUGAACUGUGAAGGAUUUGAAAAAGAGCUGAAGGGAGAUAAAGGUUGUGUUAAUGUUGUAGUUGAUGGUGAGAGAAAAGGAAGUUUUGAAUACAAGAUAAAGGAGGAAAUUUUGAAAGUCAAACUUCAUUAUGGCUAUUGGAAUAAGUAUGGAAUACCUUAUUAUAGGAAAUUAACGAUGCACUUUAUUAACGCGACAUAAAUUAACACGACAUCAAAUUAACGCGGAUUGCUUCUAGGUCUUUUAAAACUUGAUUAUAUUAACGCAAAUCUGAUCUCCAUGACUGACAAAUUAAUUAAAUUAACGCGAAUCAGACAGUGAACUGAGUUGAGAGGAGCACUGACGUUUUUAGUUUACGUCAAUAUGCUGUAUUUUGACAUUAGAAGAGUUAGUGUUAUAUAAAACAAAUCAAGGUCUUUUUAACCAACGAUAAAUAAAAAUUACAUACUUAAAACUAGAGGGCACUCAGAGACUGCAUACCUCCGCCCACAUUAAAUUUCGGUCAUGUGAAAUGCAACUAAGACAAUAGACAAUUAGGGCUGAAGCUUAAUGAGGUUUAUCAUCUCAUUGUCUUCUUAGUACUACAUUAUACACGUCCUAAUUACGCAUUCAGUGAGUUUUUUAUAAUUGACCGGGAAAAGCAAGACAAAAUUUUGUUCAUUUCUCGUUCAAUUUUUAACCAAAUUCAACCAAAUUUUAAUCAGUUCUUCCUUAGCCGAUGGGAAAUGCAUUCAAAAAAUUUCGUAUGAAUAUGUUUGGUAUUUCUUGAGUUAUCGUGCUCACAGACAAACACACACACAUACACACACACACAUAUACACACACACACAUACAAACCCAGAUGAUUACAUAACCUCCUGGCGGAGGUAAUUAACGAUGACAUAAAUUAACAUUAAUUAAAUUAACGCAAAUUUUUAAAAUCCGUGUUAAUAAAGUGCAUCGUUAAUUUCCUAUAAUAAGGUAAGUCAGCAUUAAAUUGGAAUUAAACAAAAUAAAUCAGGCAUAGGUAUGUAAUGUUGUCCAUUCAUGGAAUGCAAGCAAUUUCAGCAAAAUAUCAGGAUUAUCACAGAACCGUAAUUGUAUAUUACUAGUCAACUUUAUUGACGUUACUAUUGUACAAGGGAUUGACAUGAAUGAUAUUCAAAUACUAGCGAGCGCCAAAUUGUGUUUGACUAUCAGGGACUAGUUCAAGGUCCCUUGUAAGGCAGAGUCAAUUUUUACCACUUGCAGCUGCACAAAUAUUUUGAGCCCAAUUCCUUUCUCCAAACUAUUUGACAAGGCAAAAAAUAUGACAACGACAGAAAAUAUUGUUGUGCAGCUCUUGGUAAACAUGAUCAUGCCUCAUAAAGGAGAAUCAAGGUUGGCACAGACAUCAAUUGCCUGGUCCCCAAAAUAA